AACAAACCUGCGUACUAUAACCCGAAUAUUUACGGUAACCAAAUCACUUCUAUAAAUAACUUGGAAUUUCCUGAACGAUACAAACAUGUUGCUUUAGAAAAGCUCUUCACUUCUAUAAAUACCUGGUAACUUGGAAUUUCCUGAACGAUAAGUACGAUACUUUAGUGUGAGCUCAUCACUUCUAUAAAUAACUUGGAAUUUCAGAAAAGUUCAUCACUUUUAUAAAUAACUGGCAACUUGGAAUUUCCAGAACAAUAUCAUGACAUUUAUCAAAUCAAUUAAUUGUAUAGUGUGGUCAGUGUAAUGUUUGGGUCUAGUAGCUCCGGACUGUAUCCAGGUGCAUGAAUACCUUGUUUACCGAGAUAAAGAUUUCUGUUACAACUGGAAAACAACAUAAUGGCACACAAUGGCUGUUGUCAUCUGACAGCUUUGCUGUUCACCACCUUCGUCAAUAUUUUUGAUUUGAUCACUGAUUGGUCAUUUUACAUUGGAGAGGUGUCAAUCAAAGACGGCUUGGUGUUCGGUCCUUACGAACCUUACAUUGUCACAUUGUUAGUGUUCUGUGUGAUAGCCAGUGUGACGUGUGUGUUAGAAGUCGCUCUAGACUACCUCAACUACAACAAGAAGAGUAAGACAGUGGAACUUGUAGUGGAUAUUCUUGCUGUUACAACACUACUGAUUGAGGACUUACCUCUCAUUGGUAUCAACCUUCAUAUAGCCCUGUGUAGAGAAGAGGCGACCAAUGUCAUACAGAUAGCUAAGGCUUCAACAGCUAUAUUUGAAGCUUCAGUGAAGCUAUGCAUUAUGGGUAUUCAUUUUUUCAGAAACAAAUGUAAAAAAACAAAUAAAAUUAAAAAAGCAAAAAAGUUGAGAAAAGCAUUAAAGAUUUGCAUAGUAUUUCUGCUUGCCAUCAAUCUGAUCCUAUCGAUCAUAGUCUUCUCUAUCACCAUAAACUUCCAGAAGUCUCACAUUGAGUUUGACAGUCCGGGUCUCGACAGGGAGGUGUCCAAUCGUUACCUCCAAGGUGUUGGUGUCUUUAUGAGGCUCCCUAACAUACCAAACAUGGCAGAAAACCAGUGGAUGAUGUUGACGGAUCUUAAAAAUAUUACUCUUCUAUCGUCACCAACGUACGGCAUGUUCCUCAGUGUCCUGAUUACUACAGCACCAUUCCAGUAUAUUCGGGUGAGGAAACAUUUCCCUGGGCCACCAGAGUCUAUAUCAUGUUACAAGAGACAGUCAACAUCCAUGAUUCUUUUACCUCCAAAUAGCUGUUCCAACCUUACAUCCAGUGCUAACACUACGACUGUGUCCUUACGUUUUACUUACGUUCGACCAAGCAACUUCCAGCCAAUGGGAGAUAUUCACUACAACACUGAGCUUCGUCAGGAAUUCCAUCAAAUUUUGACUAAUGAAACCGUUUAUUGAAAUAUUUCAAGGUCAGGCCUGAAGUGAAGGGUGACCUUGCCCUAAUGACUACAGACAAAGGAGGCCAGUAUCGGUUCUACAAUGAAGAUAGCGACCUGUUGUCAACACAUGAAGUGUGGAAGACUGGCACUUCAAAUUGUGGAAACACUGGUCGAGAAUCCCCAAAACUAGACACAGACCUUUUUGUGAGAUGUGUGUUUUGAUACUGUAGUUGUUAUUGGUUUGUAUUGAAACAAUUCAGGUACAUUAUGGUGAUUUUUAGGUCAUUAACAGGAUUCUGCUAUCAUUAUACAGAACAUUAUACAGAAUAACACAAAAUAUUGUAACUAUUCAGAUAAAGCCACCUUAUAGAUGGGGGACAGCUAGGACAGGAUUUCUGACAGACGAUGUUCUACUGUUAAUCUGUAUAGAUGGGGGACAGCUAGGACAGGAUUUCUGACAGACAAUGUUCUACUGUUAAUCUGUAUAGAUGGAGGACAUCUAGGACAGGAUUUCUGACAGACAAUGUUCUACUGUUAAUCUGUAUAGAUGGGGGACAGCUAGGACAGGAUUUCUGACAGACAAUGUUCUACUGUUAAUCUGUAUAGAUGGGGGACAGCUAGGACAGGAUUUCUGACAGACAAUGUUCUACUGUUAAUCUGUAUAGAUGGGGGACAGCUAGGACAGGAGUUCUGACAGACAAUGUUCUACUGUUAAUCUGUAUAGAUGGGGGACAGCUAGGACAGGAUUUCUGACAGACAAUGUUCUACUGUUAAUCUGUAUAGAUGGGGGACAGCUAGGACAGGAUUUCUGACAGACAAUGUUCUACUGUUAAUCUGUAUAGAUGGGGGACAGCUAGGACAGGAUUUCUGACAGACGAUGUUCUACUGUUAAUCUGUAUAGAUGGGGGACAGCUAGGACAGGAUUUCUGACAGACAAUGUUCUACUGUUAAUCUGUAUAGAUGGGGGACAGCUAGGACAGGAGUUCUGACAGACGAUGUUCUACUGUUAAACCGUGAUACUAUAUCAUUAGCAAUGAAAUUCCAUUGUUUUUUUUUUGCUAUAUUGUUAUUAAGUGCUUUUAUGUUUUAAUAUUUAUAUAAUUAUGUUACUGUUCUGAAAUCACAAAUUUCUAAUGCAAUAUUUUUAUCUGCAAUGUUCAAUAAUUCUUUUUUUCAUUUUUAAUAUCUUCUAUAUUCUUAAUGAACAAGUUAUGUUUGAAUUAUUUGAAAUAAAUGAUAAUGAAAAUUUGAA